AGCCGGAGCCGGAGCCGGAACCGGGGCCGGGGCCGGGGCCGGGGCCGGAGCGGGGCCAUGGCCGGGCCGCCGGCGCCCCCCAUCACGCGGCAGGUCGGCCGGGCGCGGGGCUGCGGGCAGCGGCCGGAGCUGGGGGAGCUGCGGGAGGCCGCCCGCUGCCUGGUGGUGGACGCGGACGGGAGGAGCAUCCCCUUCAAGGCCCUGUACGGGGAGCGAAAAGCCAUCGUGGUGUUCGUGCGGAAUUUUUUAUGUUACACCUGUAAGGAGUAUGUAGAAGACCUGGCAAAAGUCCCCGAGGCAUUUUUACAAGAAGCAAAUGUGAGGCUUAUAGUUAUUGGACAGUCAUCUUAUCAUCACAUCAAGCCCUUUUGCAGUUUAACUGGGUAUACACACGAAAUGUAUGUAGAUCCACAAAGGGAAAUUUAUAAAACGCUUGGCAUGAAAAGAGGUGAAGGUAAUAAUGUAUCAGUGCGGAGCCCUCAUGUGAAAUCGAACACGCUCCUGGGAAGUAUUAGGAGUAUGUGGAGAGCAAUGACUGGCCCAGCUUUUGAUUUUCAAGGAGACCCCGCUCAGCAGGGAGGAGCUCUGAUUUUAGGUCCAGGCAAUGAAGUUCAUUUUUUGCACCUUGAUAAAAACAGGCUGGAUCAUGUUCCCAUUAACACAGUUUUGCAGCUGGCAGGAGUUAAAACAGUAAAUUUCACAAACAAACCCCAGAUUAUUGACAUAUGACACUGACACAAUAUAUAAUUUUUUUUAUUUGUGCUCUACAAGAACAAUUCUCCAGUGAAUUGCCACCAGCAUCAGUACUGUUGUGUCUUUAUGGACAUCUGAAACCUUAUCGAGAAAAUCAGAGCACAGAAUAAACUACCUGGCAGUGAAGAUGGACACGAAAGUGCUAUUUCCAUUGCGUAUAACAAAAACAACUGAGGCUUAUAGCAAAAAAUCCUGUAGCUUAGUAUUUCCUCAUCAACCAAUCUUGCUAAUAUAUUUUAAAAAUCUUUGUUCAAGACGCACUAAACUAAAAAAUCUGGUUUUGCUCAGGAGGAACUUGGGAUUUUUGCCUUCAGCAGAUCACAUUGUCUUUCAAUCCAAUACUUCUCAGUGAUGUCUUAAAGCUUCCAGCACUGUGUGACAAUCUUGUAUUAAAAUAUACCUUGAAAAAUCACAGUUUUGAACACUGGGACUUAAUCUCAUGCCUCCUUUUGCGUCUGCUACUGGCAGAUACUAUGAAAUACAUUUUAUAGUUUUAAAUAAAUAUUUAAAAUACAUCA